GGACUUAGUAGAGUCAACACUGGAAAUUCCCCGACGUUCUCUACUGACUCUCCCCUGUGUGUGACCGUGUGUGGGGGUGCAGACUGUUCUGAGACCGGCUCUUCGCGGAAAAGCCGGACAUUUUUACCCCCGAGACGUUGGAUAGGACGAUCCCGGUUCGAUUCCCUGGUCGUCAGGUGACGUGGGAGAGCAGCUUCAUCCGUUGUACCGUCGGUGGACAAACGUGUGAAGAUGGUUGGCUGGAGACUGACAGUCGCCGUGCUCAGUGCCCUGACACUGGUUCAGGCACGAGACUUGGACGAUGUGAAGCCUGGAUCGGACAUCCAGAAGGUCCCAGACUCCAACGCGGCGGAGGAGCGCGAUGUGUGUGAAAACUUUAAGUGUAGGAAGCCGCCAGGCUCCAUGUGUACCGUGGACUACAGUAAAGGCAAGCCCAGGCCCAAAUGUAUCUGUCCAACCAACUGCCCUCGGGAAAUGGAGAAGGUCUGCAGCGUGUACGGCCGCACGUUCGACAACAUGUGCCGGCUGCACGUGGAGGCGUGCCGCAAAAAGAGACGGAUCGAGGUGGCGUACCAGGGAGAGUGCAUCGCCAAGCAGGAGCCGUGCACGGAGUACGAGAAGUCGCAGUUCCCUAUCCGCCUGAUGGAGUGGUUCUUCCACCUGAAGGAGAUAGACGAGUUCGGACACUUCAGUAACGUCACGUCCGGCGCCACGCUGGUCAUGACUGACAGGGAGCGCGGCAAACUGGCGAAGUGGAAAUAUGACCAGCUCGACCGGAAAGGAGAUGGCAAGUUGGGUCGGCGUGACCUGAAGGACUUUCGGUAUGCCCUGAUGCCCAUGGAGCAUUGCGCCGAAGCGUUCUUCCGCAAGUGUGACACCAACAAGGACAAGGGAGUUGACAUGGACGAGUGGAACACAUGCCUGGGAGUUUACCGAGAUGCCGAUGAGAAGAAAAUGCAGAUGGGCAUGCUGGUGGAACCGGAAGCUCUGGAAGUUAUGGUUGAGGCCAACUUCAAGGAAAUGCUGGAUAAGAUGCCUGAUGUGGGCAUGCCGCCUGCAUCCCCGCCUAAGUUUUUAGAGGAGGAAGAUGACGAUGACCAGUAUGAUGAUGACUAUUACGAUGACGCCUUCGACUAUGACGAUUUCGACGUAAUCGAGGAUCCCGAUGAAAAGAGGGACUUUGAUGACAAAUCUCUGACUGAAAAGCCCAAGCUUAAGGUCAAGGUGAAAAAGGCUUGGGAUCAAAUGACGGUGGACGAAAAGAACUGGGCCGAGGUGGACCGGAUGUUGGGUUUUGAUUGGCAGGAAACGAAACCCGAGACUGACAAACCUGAGGCUGACAACUGGGCUCUGGUGGACAAAAUGCUGAAGGAACAAGCUGACCAGCCGGCACAGCUUGUCGAAGGGGCUGAGGAUGAAGAUGCUCUUGAAGACGAAGAGGAAGAAGAGGAAGAGGAGGAAGUUGAGGAGGAGGAACUGUCUCCAGAGGAGAUCAAGAAGAUGGAGAAGAAGCGUCGCCGCCAAGAACGCCGCCGUCAGAGGAAGCUGGAGCGUGAGAGGAAGGAGCGAGAACAGAUGGAUUAAGUCAUCCAAAUUCCUUAGAAGACGUUGAUUCUAGUUGAUCUAGUAAAAUAGGUACAUUCACUAUGUCCCUAAGUUUCAGUUGAACGUAACGUUAACCUUGCCUUUGAUGUGACCCGUUGGUGACCUGUGACCCUUCCGAGAGGGGAAUUGGGAGGUUUGCUCUCUUGGGCGUUCAGUAAUGUCGACAUGAGGGUCAAAGGUGAACCAUUGGGUGCUCAUCGGAGGCCGGAAAUCAGAGGUUUUGUUAUCUCAAACCUGUAAAGUAAAAGAACGAAAGUAAGACAGGUAUGAGCAAAACUUUAUUGAGGUCCUAGCAAGAAUUAUUUCAUUUGGUGCUUGUUUUUUUACUGUUUAUGUUUGUCAUUUCUUCGGAUGUACCAUUUUUAAUGUGACAAUAUGGAUGCAAGGUGUGAUAAAUUUGUUUACAAUCAGCUUGGUAUUAAUGUUGUUAUAUGUAUAUCUAUAUCCAAUCAAUCGUAUUUAGAAUACUAGUAUCUUUUGUUGACAUGCUUAAGCUUGAUAAACGUUAGACGUAUAUAUGGUGUGCUUGUAUCACUCAAAUUUGAUAUUAACAAUAGUGAUGCUUUAUUUGGAUAUUAUUAUAGUAGUUACGUCUUCUAUACAUAUAAUCCAAAGUGUAGUUACCUUACUAUUCUAUCUGUUUUAAAAACGCAUCUUUCCGUAUGCUUUAAGGCAUGCUUUAUUGGACUUCUUGCAUUGUAAACGGCCAUGUAAACUAGACAGUAGUAGUCAUGUAGCUACUGAGUCAGGUGUGAAGUGUGUACUUUAUCUCUGAAUAAAAUCAGUAAGCUGUGUGCAAAA